GUCAUAGCAAGAAUAUGCCAUUACAAGAAUAUGCUCAUGUUUUUGAGUCCACGGUCACCAGCCUCCUUUGCCUUUAAAAACCCAACCCUCUGGCCCUAGCAAACCUCCUCCGUUUCACAUCUCAUCCCUCUCUGGUAUUUUCAUUACAAAGCUCUACUCAAAAGUCUCCUUGUUCUUCGUUCUUUUUCCAGUUCACACAAAUUUUCUCUUAGCAAUCCUUAGUAGCAACCUUAAAAUCCCGUAAUUUUUUUUCUUAGGAUUGAGAUACCAGACUCCUGUCUUUGCACAUAAUUGUUGCUAGCUAGCUAGCUAGACAUGGAGAUCCCAGUGAUCAAUAGAAUAAGCGAUUUCGAGACAGGCUUAGCCUCUCUGCAAAACCCAACAUUUCUUUCCCAGAUUCUUGCACUUUCUGGUGUCGAAAAAAUUCACCAAGCUUAUAGUAUUUGGAAAUGGGGCGCUCUGAUUCUUGCCCUGGCCGCCUCUUUCACAGCCAUAAUUAAUAGAAUCAAGAUUCUCAUCAUCCGAUUCAAAAACCACCCCUUCAUCUCUUCACCAUCUCUUAUCACCAAUCAAGAAGAUUGUGAUUACGAAAGCGAAACAGACUUAUCUUGCUCAUCAUCAAUAUCCUUAUCAGAUGACGAACAGGAAGAAGAGUCCACAUCAUCUUCAAGAAGUUGGUGGUCCAUUAAUGAUCAUGAUCAGGACUUCCGGGUUAGAGGCUCUGGGAAUUGUUACAUUGACGAUCAAUACCAGGGUGGUAAUUUUAGGCUCCGGAGACGACGAAACAGCAGCAUUGGAGACUUUUUUUCGUUGACUGAUUUCACAAACGGGAAAAACGUUGUAAAGCUUUGGGAUAAUUUAGGAUUAAGUCUAGGAUUAAACCUUAACAACAGCUGCGAUUCGAGAAACGCUGCCGUUUCUUUUUAUGACAUUAACAAGGAGCAGAAGAUAUGUUCCAUAUUCGGCAGCAAAUGUGAUAGUAUUUUCGCGGCUGUUUCCACAUCUCCUUCGGUGGUUGUCUCGGCAGAGACAAAUUUGUCGGGUCAUUCAUCGUUAAGUUUAUGGGAUACCCGAGUUGGGUUUCGGGUGCCGGAGGUUUUUGCGGAAUUAAGGCCUACGUUGGGGAAGAUUGUGGGUGUCGUCGGCGGCGGCGUAGAGAAGGUUUAUGUCAGAGAUGAUGUCACUGGUGAGUUAACGGUGGGUGAUAUGAGAAAACCCAGUUCGCCGUUAGUCAAUGCGACGGAAUCUGAUGUGGAUACUUGGUGGGAUGCUGACGCCGUUAUUGUUGAGAAUGAAUGUGAAAAAUCUGUUUGAUAACGCGGCCAAGGAUUCACUUGUAUUUCUGGGAAUGAUAGAGCGGUCAAUCAAUGUAAUUCAGCUAUCUGUAAAUAGUUUUUUUAUUAGCCAAUAAAAUAGAAAACGAGCCGAUCCUGGGCGCCUCAUUAUUUGUUUUAA